UCUUUUCCAGCCUGAAUGCUGUAGCUCGGGGCCGGGCUUUCUCUGGGACUUCCUCUUCUGCUCGGCAGCCGCUGCUUGUGAGGACGCUGCACGCCUGACGUGCAGACAUGGGUUUCUCACUCCGCUCUAGGAUUUCAAUAUGCCUGGCCCUUACCUUGGCUCAGGUGAUUGCUGUGACCUGCCAAGAAGACACCAAGAGAGACUUCUGCACAGAAAAUGGACAAGUCUACCCCAACAAGGAGAUGUGGAACCCUGAGCCGUGUCGGAUCUGCAUGUGCGAUAACGGUGUCACCAUUUGUGAAGACGUGGUGUGUGAGGAUCUCAGUGCUUGUCAGAACGCUGUGAUCCCAGAGGGCGAAUGUUGUCCCGUGUGCCUAGCUGCUGCUUCAACACUUAUUCCGAGCACAGACACGGUGACAGCUGCAGAUGAUAAAGGUGAGAGCUGCAAGGCCGACGGGGAGGUCCACCAACACAACGACAUCUGGAAACCCACGCCUUGUCGCGUGUGUGUUUGCGACAAUGGCGUCUCAAUCUGCGACGAGGUUCAGUGUGAAACGUUGGCGAACUGCGAGAAGGUCGUCACGCCUGAGGGAGAGUGCUGCCCAGUGUGUAACAGCUUCUCCAGUGCCAGCUCAAGGAUCGAAAUGUUGGGCUUUAAGGGACAGAAAGGUGAACCAGGUGAUAUCCCAUAUGCGGUGGGGCUCCCUGGACUUCCAGGACCAUCGGGCCCUCCAGGUGCUCAGGGACGCUCUGGACCAAGAGGUUUUAAAGGCCGACGAGGAUUUCCAGGUCCUCCAGGAUUUGACGGUGAGCCUGGAAUUCCAGGUAACCCAGGAGAACCAGGACCCCCCGGUGAAGCCUCUCCUCCUGGGACCAACCUGGUGUCAGAAAUGGCUUCAGGUUUCAGUGAGAAGUCGGGUUGGGCUCGAAUGACAACGGCAUCAAGAGGUGAAGCAGGACCAAGAGGAAUUCCAGGAGCAUCCGGGGCACCAGGUCCACCUGGUGGUCAGGGAAUCCCAGGAGAGGCUGGAGAUCCAGGACCUAUGGGUGAUCCAGGCCACCGAGGGCCUGAUGGACCUCCAGGAAGACCAGGACCUGAUGGAGAACCUGGACCUGCAGGCUCGGCAGGAGAAAAAGGAUUUCCAGGAUCAGCGGGUGCAAGAGGGUUCCCCGGACUCCCCGGUCUUCCUGGAUUGAAAGGCCACAAAGGAAGUUCUGGUCUUGAUGGGCCAAAAGGCGAGUCCGGAGCAGUUGGUGCUAAGGGUGCAUCUGGUACUCCUGGUCCAAUGGGUCCUCCUGGCCCACAGGGGGCGGCUGGUUUGCAAGGUGAAAGAGGCAGAAUUGGACCAACUGGUCCUGUGGGCAAGCGUGGUACACCAGGCCAUGUUGGCAAACCUGGACCUCUGGGUCCAAUAGGAAUUCCAGGCAUGCCAGGAUUUCCCGGUAAUCCAGGAAACAAGGGUGAAGCCGGUCCAACAGGAGUGAGAGGAAGUCGAGGGCAGCAGGGACCCAGAGGAGAUGCUGGACGAGCAGGACCAGCUGGACCCACAGGACAGCAGGGUGCUGCAGGACCUGAUGGAGCUCCAGGAGCUCGGGGUUCAUCUGGACUAGCAGGUGUUCAGGGUCCACCAGGGUUUGCAGGACCAGCUGGUCCUCCUGGCCCGCAAGGAACCACAGGGGCAACAGGACCAAAAGGCCAACUGGGUGAUGGUGGAUUUCCUGGACUCAAAGGAGAACCUGGACUCAAAGGAGAAAGAGGUGACCAUGGUCUUCCGGGUCCAUUAGGUCCCAUGGGAGAGGAUGGAAAGCGUGGACCCAGAGGUGAUGCUGGGUCCAUUGGGCCUCCAGGACCAGCAGGAGAGACAGGACCACCAGGAAACAGAGGUUUCCCCGGUGCAGAUGGUUUGCCGGGCCAAAAGGGAGCUCAAGGUGAAAGGGGGCUAACAGGAUCGCCCGGUGGUAAAGGUUUAAUUGGCGACCCAGGACGUGAUGGAGAACCAGGUUUAACUGGAGCACGGGGUCUCACAGGACCAAUUGGUGCUCAGGGAGCAGAGGGCAGACCAGGACCAAUGAGCUUAGCAGGAGAAGAUGGAAAACCAGGCCCGGCUGGUUCUACUGGAAACCGAGGACCAGCUGGAAACAUGGGUCUGCCGGGACCAAAGGGCUUUGCUGGUGAUGCUGGUAAGAUUGGGGAGGCUGGAAGUCCUGGACCUCCAGGUCAAAGGGGAGUAAAUGGAAAAGAUGGAGAGACAGGAGCUGCUGGUCCACCUGGUCCAGCUGGUCCUGCAGGAAAGAGAGGUGAACAGGGACCUCAAGGAGUGAGCGGUUUUCAGGGUUUGCCUGGACCACCGGGACCACCUGGAGAGGGUGGAAAACCAGGUGAUGAGGGUCUUGCUGGAGAAGUUGGUGCUGUAGGAGGAACAGGUCCGAGAGGAGAAAGAGGCCCACCAGGAGAAAGGGGUGAAACUGGGCCUAACGGGCUGUUGGGACCAAAAGGAGGUCCAGGAGCACCAGGAUCAGAUGGGCCCAAGGGUAGCCCAGGUCCAAAGGGUGCUGGUGGAGAGCCAGGUGGUCCAGGACUUCAGGGGAUGCCAGGAGAGAGAGGCAUACCAGGACCUUCUGGACCAAAAGGAGAUGCUGGUUCUGUUGGUGAGAAAGGACUUGAAGGAAAAGCAGGAGCUGAUGGUGCAAGGGGGCUUGCUGGUUCUGUUGGACCUGCUGGUCCUACUGGACCAAAUGGAGAAAAGGGUGAAAUUGGCCCACCAGGACCAACAGGUCGCCGGGGAUCAAGAGGAGGACCUGGUUCUACAGGUGAUCCCGGGCCAAUUGGGGCUGCUGGAUUUUCUGGGCCUCCUGGCCCAGAUGGUCAGCCUGGGGUCAAAGGUGAAACAGGAGAGCCUGGUCAGAAAGGAGAAACGGGAGCUCCUGGACCACAAGGGACGGCUGAAAAACCAGGGGAGCAGGGUCCUGUUGGUGUGACGGGGCUGAAAGGUGGCAGAGGAACACAGGGUCCAGCUGGAUCUCCUGGUUUUCCUGGGCUGCCUGGAAAAGUUGGUCCCCCUGGUCCCAGUGGUGCUGUUGGGGCAGAUGGGCCUAUAGGUGUUCCAGGAAAGAAGGGUCUUCCUGGAAUCCGAGGAGAGAAUGGAGCUCUGGGACGUCAGGGCGAAAGUGGACCUCCUGGUCCACAAGGCACUCCUGGAGAGAAAGGGGAAUCAGGAGAGGACGGUCCUCCGGGGCCUGAUGGGCCUCCAGGACCAGCUGGCACCUCAGGACAGCGAGGAAUUGUGGGUCAGCCUGGAGUCAGAGGAGAAAGGGGCUUGAUGGGACUCUCUGGGCCCGCUGGUCCACCAGGAAAAACAGGAACGACUGGAGCUCAAGGAUCCAAAGGUCCAGCUGGUGUGAUCGGUUUACCGGGACCCACUGGACCAAGAGGAGACGCUGGCCCUGAGGGUGUUGCUGGAGCAGAGGGGUCCCCUGGUAAAGAUGGUCUUGUAGGAGAAAGGGGCGAUAAAGGAAACCCAGGUCCAGAGGGUCUACCUGGUGCUUCUGGGUCUCCAGGUAAUGAAGGCCCAGUGGGAUUUACUGGCGGUCCUGGGCAAAUGGGUGCAAAUGGAGAAAGAGGUCCUCCAGGACCCCAAGGACAACCUGGCAUUCGGGGGAAAGUGGGUCCUCAAGGACCACAAGGAGACAAAGGAGGAGCUGGAGAGCAAGGAGAGAGGGGUCAGAAAGGUCACAGAGGCUUUACUGGACUCCAGGGUCUUCCAGGAAUCACUGGUGCCACAGGAGAUGCAGGAGAGCGAGGAAUAGUUGGACCAGCUGGACAGAGGGGACCUCCUGGUGUUGUGGGUCCUCCUGGAAAAGAGGGAAACAUCGGCCACCCUGGAGCGGCGGGUGCUCCUGGAAGCAGAGGAACCAGCGGAGACAUCGGAGCUCAGGGCCCUCCUGGAGAACCUGGACCACCUGGUCCUCCAGGCUCCCCUGGACCUCCUACCACAGCUGUGGAGGAGCUCUUUUCACUGGAUUACGAGGGGAAUGGUGAUGUUCAGGAAGGUGUAGGCGUUGCAGAAUACGACCACGCAGAAUACGACGUUGCUGCGGAUCCUCCUCCUCCUCCAGAGUUCAAUGAAGAUGAAGCUCUGCCCAAUAAGAACAUCAUGCAUGCUGAAACGGGCAUCCGAGCCACAUUGAAGACCCUCAGCGGGCACCUCCAGAACCUUCGCAGUCCAGAUGGCAGCAAGAUGAACCCUGCAAAAACCUGCCAGGACAUCAAGCAGUGCUACCCUCAGAAAAACAGCGGGGAUUACUGGUUGGAUCCCAACCAAGGAAGCGCCAAAGACGCCAUCAGAGUCUUCUGCAACAUGGAGACUGGUGAAACCUGCAUCUCUGCCAAUCCAAACAACAUUCCUCGUAAAGCCUGGUGGACAAAAUCUAGUCCCAGUCCCAACCAACCGCUUUGGUUUGAAGCUGAUAUGAAUGGUGGAACCAAAUUCCUCUAUGGCAACAAGGAAGAGCAGCCCAACGUGGUGGCCGUUCAGAUGAAGCUGCUGCAGCUUUUAUCGAAGGAGUCUCACCAGAACAUCACCUACCACUGCAAGAACAGCGUGGCCUACAAAGACCAGAACGGCAGCUUGAAGAAGGCUCUGAUCCUCCGAGGCGCUAACGGCCAAGAACUCAGAGCUCAGGGCAACCCCAGGACCAGAUACACCGUCAUCGAAGACAGCUGCUCUACAUCAAAUGGACAGUGGGGCAAGACGGUGAUAGAGUACAGGACUAAAACUGCCACCAAGCUCCCGGUGGUGGACUUGGCACCCCUGGGCGUUGGGAAGCCUGAUCAAGAGUUUGGUGUGGACAUCGGCCCUGUGUGCUUUUCAUAAAAACUCAGCCUGGACAUUUUAUAGUCCCUCCUUUUUUUAAAUAAAAAAAAGCGAGUAGAAUUAAUAUGGAUGUUUCAUUGCUGCCAAAUACGGCUGAACAUGAAAGAGAUCUUUUUCGUAUCUAGAAGCUCUCCACGUGAGGAUGAAACAGGAAGAGGUUUAGAUGAACACAACACAAACUGGCAGGGCAGCGUUUAAUAAGAGUUUUGAAGCAGUGAUGUUGUGAAUAAAAGCGUGCAAGCCUUGAAUUUUUCCAGUGUAUGUACAGAUAGAGGCCUAGGUGGAGCAUGGGAUGAUCAUAGAAUGACUUUAACUCUUAAUUUUAAUGGAAAAAAUGAUAAAAAUCAAGCUUGAACCUAAAUUAUUAUUAUUACCUUCUGUGCAGGAGGCUGUUUAGUCUUUCAACAGAAAACCUUAUUGUUCCUUUUUUAAAACUGUAAAUGCAACAUAUGACUGUAAAUUGCUAAGUAUUUGUUGUUUUUUUGUUGACAAUAGAUGUGGAUUAAAUGUCACUUUGAAACAACUCUGCA